AUAGGACCCAAUCAUUGAUCUUUGUCGCUCUUAAAAGUGACCGGGAUCCGAAGACUUCAUAUCUCAAGGUCCCUGCCAGGCAAAGCUUGUUUUCCGCCCAUGGCUUCCCACUACUCCCAAGGGUACCUCAACGAAUUCCUACCAAUCAUCAUGUCUGAGCAACCCACAAAGAUCAAAGCAGUCUUCUUCGACUUCAUGGGAACUUGCCUGAACUGGCAUGCCAGUGUAGUCAAGGCCUUGCCCGCGACCAUUCCAGAGGACGAAGCGUCAAAGUUCGCCCUCGAAUGGCGCAGACAAUAUUUCAUCGAGAACGCAAACCGGCAUGCGAAAGGUCUCGAGCCUGAGGACAUUGACAUCACGUUCGCGCGGGUCCUCGACAACCUUUUGAACCAGUCUCCCGUGUACGCCAACCACUUCAACGCCGAGAUCAAGACUGAGUUGAUCAAAGCAUGGCACUCGCAGCCUGCCUGGCCAGAAGUCUCAAAGGCCAUUGAGAGCCUGCGGAACGAUCUCGGCCUUGAAGUGUUUGUGCAUGCCAACGGCACGACUCGCCUGCAGCUGGAUCUCGUUCGGUUUUCAGGGCUCAGCUUCAACAUGCUCUUCUCCAGUCAGCUUUUGGGUGUUUACAAGCCUAGCCCCAUUGCGUAUGAAAAGGCGUUGCAGCUUGUUAAGCUCAAGCCUGAGGAAGUGGUGCUGGUUGCGGCGCACGCCUAUGAUUUGCGAGGGGCGCAGAAGGUUGGGCUGAGAACCAUCUAUGUUCAUCGAUGGACUGAUGAUGUAGAUGAGGAUAUGGAACAGGUUCGGCCCGAGUUUGACGUAUUCUUGGACGAUAUGACAGAGCUGCCCAAGGCAGUCGGGAGCUUGUGAUCCUGAAAUCAGGUAUAAAUCUUUUGAGUCUCGCUUAAACAGCACUGCACAUCACUCAAUGCUACCUCCCUUCAUGCUUAGGAAAGACCAAGUGAAGAAUCAGAAAUA